AUAGUUCUAGUGACAAUGAGUGGUAUUUAUAUCUGGACUUUAGCACAUCAAAAGUUAAGACAGAAAGUUUUGACUCUGACACAGAUGAUGUUAUUGAUGAAGAGAAUCUGAGAGCAAAAAUAAGGAAUGAAAAAAUAAGCUCUCUAAUAUUAACUGUUGUUAUAAUAAAACUGGGAAUACUUACCUAA